AUGGAUUUAUUUAAUAUACAGGAUUCAAAAAUGAAAAUUCCCUUGUUUGUAACAUGGAAGAUAGGUCGAGAUAAGCGUCUCCGUGGCUGUAUUGGAACCUUUUCUGCAAUGAACCUCCACUCAGGUCUCAGGGAAUACACACUUACCAGUGCCCUUAAAGAUAGCCGUUUCCCCCCUUUGACACGUGAAGAGCUCCCAAAACUCUCUUGCUCAGUGUCUCUGCUCACAAAUUUUGAAGAUGCCAGCGAUUAUCUGGACUGGGAGGUGGGAGUACAUGGAAUUCGAAUUGAGUUCUACAACGAGAAGGGAGUGAAACGCACUGCCACGUACUUACCUGAAGUUGCCAAGGAACAAGACUGGGAUCGGAUUCAGACGAUCGACUCCCUGUUGCGGAAAGGAGGGUUUAAGGCUCCAAUUACUUCAGAGUUCAGGAAAACAAUCAAACUAACGAGGUAUUGCAGUGAAAAGGUGACGGUUAGUUAUGCUGAGUAUUUGGCUUCACGUCAACAACCAUUUCAGAAUGGGGCCCUCCAUUCUCCGCCACUUUAUAAUCAUUACUCCUGACACACAGCUACAUGACCAGUCUCACCCUCCUGAUGCUGCAAACAGCUAUGACAUCAUAGGAGCCGACAGUACCACAUCGUGGUCAAGUUACUUCUACUACUGCACCGUUCUGUGAUGAUCGUGUCUGUUGGCACUUCUGCCUUAUGCCACCAGACUGUACAUGCACUGUCGGCAUCCUGUGGUUCUUUUAUUUUAUCUUCCAAGGAAGCAAAUUCUGUGGUUUGGAACAGAACCAGAUGCUGCUCAGAGCACCGGUGAGCCACUGCAGCUCCAAGGAGCCACGUAGUUGAACUGUUACAGCCAGCUUGGCACUGUCCAGUGAAGUUUUGUUAAGCUAAUUAAUGAACAUGUUUCAAGUUGUACUGAAACUUUGAUCAGGAUUCUUCCCCUUGUCUAAGGUCCAUGUCUAAGGCCAGUGUUUUAGUGCCUCCCAAGUUGUUCUUACAUUAUGUUCCACAUCCAAAUCAUUGUCAGCCCAUAAGUGCUUGAGAAUAGAUUUUGCACCAGUGUGCAGCAGAACUAGUUUGGAAUUGGCUUGGUGCACUCUUAACCUGCUGUUCUUGACAUAAAUUGUUAAUAUGGCGGCUGAUUUCACUAGUCAAAUUGAAUUGUUCUUUAAACUGGCUGGAUUAUCAAAUAAUUUGCUCCAAGAUCAAUUCAUGUUUGAUUUGGACCGUUAGUGAACUGAAUGUUUGUUAACAGUGUAAUUUCCAAAGACAGUGAAGUGUGUUUUAAGAGGCAAAGUAUGUCAUUGAAUAUGGGAUAGCCAUGGUGAUCCCAGAUAUUUGGAUGUUUAGUGAAUUCUGAGAUGAAUUUUUGUGGUUGUCAAACAUGCUACCACAGCUGAAUGCAAGUCUGUUUACAGUGACUUGGCAACAUGCAUACUAUUCAAGAUAUCUGUGCAUUUCUUGGAUAUACAGUACAUGUGUGCAUAUCUAAAACAGUUGCUUUGUAGGCUGCGGUAGAUUACUGCUCCCUUUAUGCUUUGUUUAAUCAUAGGUUUACUGGUCUUUGCUUUGUAGGGAAUGACAGCAAUUACGUAGUAUCCGACUGUUUACUGUUCCAUUUAAUAGUGCAUUGUUUUUCUCUAGGAUGAAGUUUAUGGAGUAGUUAUGGCAAUAACUCACAGUUGAACCUGCAGCUUAUGUGGCCAACAUCCUUGUACUGUAUGUGGUUGCUUUAUCCUUUAAGCAAGUUUUUUUUUUUUUAGCUGAAGGCCAUCUGGUAUGCUGUGAAGGGUAAAAAUCACAUGACCAGAGUAUUUGUCCAGCAAGAAGCUUGGUUUCAUUAGCCAUGGUUUAUAUGUAAAAGGCAAGAUGGUGCCUUGCCAUAGUUUCUUUUGUUGACAGUUUUAUAUGACUGCAGUCAGUGGAUAGUGGUGUGAUGGUGCUGGUUACCCAAGUAAAGUAUGUGUUUUGUGCUUACAGUCUUUUGGAUAACAUUGUAGAGGUAUUAAUCUGUUCAUUAUGUAUGUUCCUUUCACUUGAAAGUGUUCUGUGGUAAUCAUGUUGCAGUUCUUCAGUGGUCAUUGUAUUACGUCUGAUAGUGUUAAUUGCUUAGCAAGAGUCAGUUACUUGAAUGCUGCCGUUCAUUACAAGAAGGUAAUUGCGUGGUUCUGGAGUGAGUGCAUGCUGUUAAACUGGAGUUUGCUUUUUAGGUAGCCACUUCAAAGCUCUUCCAUAAUUUCAGUGCAUUUCGUUAGUCUGAGUCAGCCAGCUGUCCCACCUUGACUGUGAACAUACUAGUUAAAUCUGUGUACUCCAUAUAUUUUUUCAGCAGUAAUUGAGUGCUUUAAGUAUAAUAAUUACCUGGCUAUGGUCUGUGUGAGUACGAACUACCUUUAUUGUAAAAGGAUGCAUUCAGUGUUUAGAAGCACAGUCCAAGUGAGGUGCUUAGUAUUUGGUUACAGGACUUCUGUGUUAGCAGAUGGAAGGGUUACCUGAGUAUUGUCCUUAAGAGACCCAAUGAUGCAUUUUCUUUAGUGUGUCCGUCAGCGUGCAGAUGGAGAUAUAGUAUCAUCAGUGUUUUGCAGAAGGUUAAAUGUUUGGGAUUUCUUCUUCCACAGUCUACAGUGGUUAUUUUCCAUUUUUCAGUUCAUUUGCUCAGACUGAGCAUGACAAAGGCCUAGACCAUACUAGAAAUGUGUGUGUUGCCCCUGCAUGCAUCCAUUUUCUGGAGUUAGGUCUCAACUUGAUAUUUAUCAUAUAGAGCCGAUAUUUUCAACGGUAAGUACAAGUCAUCAGUAUAGUAGUGUGACUGCUGUAGCAUGUUCCAACACCCAUAUAGUGUGGUACUACAUGUAUUGUUUGUGGAAAAGAUGUAACAUUAAGAAGAACUGCCUUAAGUGCCAACAUUUUAACCUUGCCAUGCCUGACUGCUGAGAUGGGAAAAGCCUGUGGUUUAUUUUGUCUUACUAGAUGGUUGCUGCUGAGCGUGCCCAGAGCUGUAAUUAUCAAGAAUGCCCUAUUUCUGAUCACAGAUCAUUGCAGGAGUACUGUGAGAAGGAGAAAGCCGUGGAGGAAGGAUACAUCUAAGAACCUCUUGGGGGGGGGGGGGAGAGACAUACCUGAGACGCACUUUUGUGGCCUUUGCAUUUCACAGUCUCCCACCCUUAAGAAAUAAGAAGACAGGUGGUAAGAGAUCUCCAAGAGGUACACAACAGCAGCAGCUUUUUGAGAUCUCCAAGAGGUACACAACAGCAGCAGCUUUUUGAGGGGUAUGUCUUCUAGGAAUGAUAGCAGUGUCCACUCCUCUAUAAAGCAUCCAAAGUAUUUAAACAACUGGCCUACACCCAUGAAGCAGUUCUGGAAACUGUUUGAGAGCUGUGGAAGCUUUUCACCAGACCUUCCCUGGCGUAGUGGGGCCUUAGUGGCUCAGGUUGAGAAGGAACUGUCAGUGCCACCCCAUUACUUCACUAAGAAGUGCGGGCUGAUGUCUGUGUUGUUUCUGCAGCACCAGCAGUUUUUGUUAAUCUCCCAAAGCUAUGAUGUCUUGAUUCCUGAUAUCUAAUGAUCAUCACCAAAAAGUCAUCUCUAACGAUUGCCCAUGCAUUGUUUACUAUACACAUUGUGCAUUUAGAAACACGAAGAACGCUCAGGUCCUCUUACGUAUUUUAGGGUUCACAGAAGUUUUCUUUUUUGCAAUGGGAAAGAGGUUCAGAAGACUAAGAAGCCCUUAUUCUCUGUUCACAAGCAGUUCAAUCCCUUAUACUCUCCAAGUAAUCCUCUUCUUUGGGGAAAUAUUCAGGCUAAGGAAGUGUCCAGUGGACAGACAUCUGCCCCCUUUUAUCCAUCCUCAAAAUGUUCUAAUGAGUAUAGCAUUGGUGGCAUAAGCUUUGCUGGAGAAAGACCUCCGUUUCAUCUUUUUCCUGAAUGACUGGCUCUUGGCAGCUACAAAGGAAGACUUCAUGGUAGUGCCCUUGGUUUGAAAGCUUUCAUGGUUUCAGGGCCUCAGAAACUCCAUGAACCAAUGUUCGAGAGUUGAUUUUUUGGGACACAGCUUCGAUGUACUUUACUGUUGGUCAUUUUUAUCUGUAGAGAGAUCUUAUGUCAUGAUUGUAACAUUCUUGGUGUGAACACACAAGAGGGUCCAGGUUUCGACCCUCCUCCUCUUUUUGGGUUUGAUGGUAGCUAUAGUCAUCUUGGUAUCUUUUUGCAUACCUAAGAACCAUUCUAGUAUUGGAUAUGUUGGGUGGGGUAUCUUUAGACACGGACACAAUUAACUGUCUUUUGUGCUGGCGAUAUCUGACCCUUGCUGUUAGGUUAUGUAAUGAUGGGCUAUAUCCAUCCCAGUGUUAGUGUGUGUCUUCCUUUCCUGUAACAGCAUUUGUCAUGGGUCCUGAUUGUGGAUGCUGAAAGAGAGUGGAAUUGAGAGCCAUCUACUACUACUACUUCAUGGUACAGGGAUAAUUGACCUCCCCAGAAUAGAGGAGAUGCCAUAUAUCAGCUGUAUUAGUGUGUUUCUUGCUCUGCAGUGAGAGCAGAGACCAGCGGCCCUCCUGCUAUGGUCUGACAACUGUUAAAGAUACAAAACCUAAACCUGAUAAUGGCCACUCCUUCCUCCUGUACAGAGAGAGAUUGUAGGUCUGGCAGUGGUCCACAGACAGGUGUCAUCCUUAACAGCCAUUCAUAUCAGGAUAGUGAAUGAGUUGGUAGACGGCUUUGAGCUUCACCUCCAGUAAUUUCCCACAUCUGACAUUUCAGGGUUACUUUUUAAUCAGAAUAUUCUAGCAACAGAUCAGCCUAAAAAUCAAGUUCCUUACCACUUGAGAGAAUGUUGUCCUUCCCCAUUUCUCUGGUGACAGCUGGCUUUGGCUCCCACCUUAUUGGUAGCAGUCUCUGAGGUGAUUGAUGCUAGUAAAACUUGUAUUUAUAAGAUGUGUUCUGUAAAGUGGAAUUUUUUCAUCUGUGUGAAAUGUGUCACUUUGCCAACUCAGUUGUAAUUUCUCAGGUUACUCUGAUGUAUUUCAGGUACCUGCAUUUUCAGGUACCUGCGUUAUCCUCAGCUAGUCAAGCAGCCCCUUAAAGGGGCUCUGCAUCUGCCCACCUUUGAUGAAUGCCUUUUCUUCCUUCAGACUAAUUUUGAGCGAUACUUUUUCUUGUCCUUUUAUUUAUGUCUAAUGGUUUUUGGCGUCUUUAAAAAUGCUAGUCUUAAUCACCUUUGCCUCUUCUUUAAUAAUGUUGGAACUUCGGGACCUUGUUUAUAGGGAACCAUGUUUGGUCUUUUGCAAGAAUUGAGUCUCUUACAAUCGGCCACCAUUUCUUUUUCAAAAAAUGGCCUCAGACUUGUUUUUAAAUCAGUCCAUUCUUCUUUUCUUUCCAAAGAUAGAAAGUCAGGGAAAAGGAGUCUCCUAUUUGCACGGACUUAGACGUGCACUGUCCGGUCAUAUUUCACUUGAAGAUUAAUAGUUAAAAGGCCGAAGAGUUGUCUCCAAGGGGUGUGGCUGAGCAAACCCUGUCCAAAUCUGUUGCAUCAUUUUUCAGUCAGUGAAACAUCUUUAGGAAGAUGCUGGUAUUAAAGGCCACUGCACCAUAAGUGUAUCCACAGCUUCUAGUGCUUGCAUCAAGAUUGUCUCCACUGUAGAUUUUUGUGCUGUGGCCAUUAGGGCAUCAUUUCACACAUUCCUCAAACAACAUUGCUUGACCAAAGAUUCCUGGAGUUUAGGCUUCCUUUGGCGCAUUAGUAUUACAGACUGCAGUUUUCUAUGCUCUUGCCUCUUUGUUUUUAGCCUUUCUUCAUCUCCAUCUUCCCAGAAUGUUUAAUGGUAUUGCUUGGGGUUCUUCAAAACAGUUACCCACUGCACUGCAGAGGACUUCUGAUAUGCAUUGCAACAGUUAUGUACUUGCCAUAUUAAUUUGUGAGGAUGUUUUUAGAGAUAUUACUUAUUUUCCCUUCCACUUUUCCUUCUGUGGUUGGAUGACUACUCCAUCCAGUGACUGUAAUUGAAGUUUUCUUUGUGUAAAUUUGUAUAUUUGUUUUAUUUGCAGUCUGUGUUUGUUCAGUGGAUCAUGAUCAGAAUGUGAUACUGUGGCAUGUAAUGGCUGCAGAUGCUUGCUCUUCCAAAUAUGGAAAAGGGAGAGAGAAGUUUGUCAAGUAGUAGACUUUACCAGAUAUCCCAGCAGUUGACACAGUACAGAGAACUUGGCCACAGUUCAGCUGGUACAGUGAGUUCAUACCUGUUGUCUACAUAACUUCACUAAACUGAAUGCUAUGCAGUGCAAGUAAUUUAAACAAUGCAGUUUGCAUGUUUGAGAUAAGUGAGACAAUCAGAUUUGCCCUUGAUUUGACUUCUGUAUGUUAAGGGAUGCUCCUAUUGGAAAUAGGAUUGUGUUGCUAAUUUUACUUAAGUAGUUCAGUGUCAGUUGUGCUGCCCAUUUUCAUAAAUGCUGCCAUGUUAGCACAUUUUUUUUUAAUUAUUUCAUUCCUGAUUAACUAAAUUGAUGUUUUGGCAAAAUGGCUUCAGCACCCACAUGGAAUCAUCAAACCUUUGCAGGUUUGGUACUGGUACACUACAACUCCAGACAGCCUUCUGGAUUGGUAGAGGAGUGGUCAUGUGACUUUGUGAUGUGGUAUAUGAUAACACUUUUAAUCAUUUAAUUGGUUUAUUUUAUGAUUACUGCUGGCCUUUUAUGCAUCUUUAGAUCUUGUUCCAUUGUCAGCAGCUGUCUCUUAAAUUCAGCUGUAGUACCUCUAGAGACCCCAGCUAUAUUUGUCAGUACAUUUUUAGGUAAGGAAUCUUAAAGCGUUCUGAAGUGUGCAGUUCACUGGAGAAUAGGUCCUAACUAUUAGUAAAAGUGCUAGUGAAUGGCUACUGUACAUUCAUAUCUGUUUUACCACAGAGUUAACAUACAGAGUUGCACAUUAUGGAGGAUAGUGUGAAGCUAAAAUAGUUACUGAAUAAGGCUCUGCAGCAGAAAAUGCUAGAUACAUAUGUAGUUUCACAAAAAAGUGAUCAUCAGCACUCCUAACAAAAGUUUGCCUUGUGUAUAGAUUUACUGUGUCUGUUUCAGAGAUAGGCAGUCCAUGGCUACCUUAGUGAUUUACUCUACACAGAAUUUAUUUUGGAUAAUUCUUCUGCAGCUGGCUGCUGUUCUUGUUUUCUGUUAUGAAAUAAAAGUUAAUUUUGUA